AUGACUCGAGGGGCCCCCCAAAGCCAGCAGUUGCUGGAAGCCGCGCAGGGUACGACGGGGGGCCCCCUCCGCUGUAGCGGCAAAACGUGUGCGUUAGGAGAAAGCCACUAUUUAGACUCGGCUCUCAUUUGCUUGAGGGAGAAAGGCCUCUAUGGGAGGGUUCGACACGUUCUCAGGAACACCCAGUUGGGCUUUUGCAUUUCUGCUUCUGGAGCCGCUGCAGAAUUCGCUGCGCACGACGCCAUGGAGGUGUCUGAACAGCUCAAAUGCCGUCGACCUGGCUGUGGUCAGUCCUUCAGUGCAAGUAGCAACAGGGAAGACGCAUGCAGACACCACAAGCGGCUGCCUCUCUUCCACGAUGGCGUGAAGUGCUGGCCGUGCUGCGAGAAAGAGGCGUGGGACUGGGAAACCUUCAUGAAGAUUGAAGGUAAAAAGGCUCACCCUCGUGCAUGCACUGUGGCGACAACCUUUACAGUCUUCAAACACACACCUCUCCGCUGCAUGUCUGCAGGCUGCGCCUUAGGGCCUCACAGCGAAGCCCCACCGCAGGCUUCGCUGGCAGCAAGCGGAGCUGCUGCUGCUGCUGCUGCUGCAUCGACGACGACGAAGGCAGCCGUUGAUGCAACUGCUGCGACAGCUCCGCGCAGCAUAGAGGACUUUAAUAAGCAGUGGGGGAAACAAAAGCAGGAGGAGGAGAAGAAGAAGCAGCAGCAGCAGCAGUCGCUUCGUCUCGUCUCUGGAGGAUCUCGAGAGGUCGCCGAAGCCUCUGGUGCCGCAGCAGCAGCCUCUGAUGCUGCAGCACCAGCCUCGGAUGCUGCAGCAGCAGCCUCGGAUGCCGCAGCAGCAGCCUCGGAUACUGCAGCCUUGGGAGCUGACAUCGCAGCAGUUCGCCUUACCACAUGCAGAGGCACUGCUGGUUCUCUCAGCGUUGCACCUGCAGGCGACACCCACAGACAGCAAGAAUCCUACGGUGCUCCUCGCGCAAAACUCCGCAACUGCACACGUCUUCGCUGGCAAGCAAAACGGAGCAGGAGAGACUGUCUCGCGGCAGGCGCGUCAAGAACCUCUAAAAACAAGGACCAUGCCUACCCCCCUUCUUCCCCUUCCCCCCCAAUCCUUCCCCGCGAAGCAACAUAA